UUCAGUCACAUUUACCUUUCCCCAUGGAUCCUUCAAACAUAAGAGAGAAAAUCGGUCGCUUUCGAAUCCUCAUUAUAGGAAGAGCUAAUGCAGGAAAAACCACAAUCCUACAGAGAGUUUGCAACACACGGGACAAUCCACAAAUAUACGAUAGCGCUGGGGAAAAGAUCGACCUUGAAGUUUUAGCAGCAUCAAAAUCGCGCGAAUUACAUGAUAUUCACAAUGAAAUGGUUUUUCAAAGCAACCCGGGCUUUGUUUUCCACGAUCCACGGGGUUUCGAGGCAGGCAGCGAAUCUGAAUUCGACAAGGUCAAGGCAUUUAUCGCUGACCAUUCCAAGGAAACAAAAAUAACAAAACGACUCCAUGUUAUAUGGUACUGCAUCCCAAUGGACGAAGCAAGCAGGUCGUUUACUGCAGCUGAAAACAAGUUUUUCUCUCAGUGCGACACAGGAAGUAUACCUGUGAUCGUUUUGUUCACAAAGUUCGAUGCCCUAUACGACGUCGCAUACUCACAACUGAAAAAGGAAGGAAGAUCUCGGAAAGACGCUAAAGAAAUGGCCCAAAAACGCGCAGAAGAAACAUUUGCCAAUGGAACACAAUUGAAGUUUCUCCAGAAUGUCCGAUGGCCUCCAAGAGGUCACGUAUGCCUUCCCAAUAUGAACAAAGAUGAUGCAAAUCCAAGGCCACUGAUCGAAUGCACAGCUGGAACGUUGGAUGAUGAACUGCUGGAGCGAUUGUUCGUCUCGACGAACAUGGAGAUCUGCAUGAUACAUGCAAUUGAAAGCACACUCCGAAAACAUCUCGAGACAACCGCAUCUGAAAGCCAUGAGAUGAUGAUAGGGAACUUAGGCGGCUGGUUUCCAUAUAUUCAGGCAGUACGUGUAUCAAUCCUCGUGUGAGCAAGAACCAUGCUGAUCCAAGUCGUUG